AUGGCUGAAGUUGAAUACCAUGCAAAAUCCAACACUACCACUACCCCAUCUUUAAAGCUCUUUGGCAUCAACAUUCAGUACAAGUCCUCAAAAGAUCACACUCAUGAUGAAGAAGGUUCAAACCAACACUAUUCUCCAUUAGAGUCAGAGCCUUUCAACCCUCGCGAUGGAAGAAAAUACGAAUGCCAAUACUGCCGCAGAGAGUUCGCGAAUUCACAGGCAUUAGGAGGACACCAAAACGCACACAAGAAAGAGAGACAACUCUUGAAACGUGCUCAAAUGCAAGCUGCACGUGGCUUAUUUGUUUCUUCACAUCUUCAAAAUGCAAUCAUGUAUCAGCCAUGGCUAUACACAACGCACGCAAGUGCUUCUGCGUUUCAUUCCCCAACCUUUCUAGCUCCCGGUAGACGUGUCUAUGCUCGUGGUUCUUCUGCCACUGUCACAACAGCUUUAACUGAUGGCCGUGGCCACCCUCUUUCAGGGCUUGGUGGCGGCGACGGUGGUGGUGGUGGUGGUUUUGCGGUGAGCUAGGGUUCGGUCUGGAUUUGCAUCUUAGCCUAUGAGUUGUGA